AUGGGAGGACUUGUCUCUCUUUCCCCAGAUUGUGAAGAGUACAAGGACCUCAUUGAAUCUGUGCUGGAGGAGGAAAUGCCCUUUGAGGAGGGGAAGCUGGCAGAGAAGAGGAGACUGGCUACACGGCUUGGAUAUGAUCCCCUGAUUGAGGCUCAGGCCCAAGAACUGACCUGCUUACGCCAGAAGAUACAGGAAGGGAAAGGUGUCUGUCAUCUAUUCACACAGCAUGCAAAGAACACAAUUAAGACUUUUGAGAGUUUCCUCAAGAGCACUGGCAUGACCUACUACCAGAGACAGAGAUACUGUGAGCUCCUGGCCCAAGGAAGCCAGCUGGCAGAGAGACUUGCCAGCAAACUCUCCACUGAAAAUCACCAUGAUAGGAAGAAUGAAGAAGGACAGGAGUCACGGGCAGCCAGGCUCAGCAUGGGGCUCCAGGAGGAAGAAGUGAAUGUAGUCCUGGAGGACUCACUAGAUGAAAAGUAUCACCAUUCCAGUCACCAUGACUCCCCCCAGCCUCCCAGCAGCAAGGCCUCUGUGUAUGAUGUGCAGGACACCAACUCUGAUGUAGACUGA